AACGCCUCUUCAUUUUUUCCCAUCUGUAUAGGACUCUCAAAGAAAAAAAAAAAAAAAAAACUAGAGAUCCCUUUGCAUCGAUAGCAAAAUCAUGAGUGCGGAUUGGGGACCGGUGUUUGUGGCCGUAGGGUUGUUCAUCCUAUUGUCGCCAGGGCUGUUGUUCCAGCUGCCGUCGAGGACUCGAGUGAUAGAGUUCGGGAACAUGUGCACAAGUGGAAUAGCCAUCCUCAUUCAUGCCAUAAUAUACUUCUGCAUAAUCACCAUCUUGGUCAUUGCAAUUGGUGUUCACAUACACAUCGAAUGAUCUAUUAAACUCUCAAACACAAGGCUAGCUUUUUCUUUUCCUUUGAUGUUCGUUUUACUUUCUUUGCAAUGACUAUUGCCGACGGGAGUUUUCAUUUCUCACAAUAUUAUUUCUGAUGGAAAAUCUCGGCGGUAAUAGCUUUUUACCUACAGAAAUUCCAUAGGAAAUAAUAAUUUCGUCGGGAAUAAUUUUUAUCAGAUUGAUCAUUAUGAUGCUAAGAAAGGAAUAGUUUAGUUUUCUUCAAUAUUUUGUCAUUGUUGUUUACCAGAGAAGGUGUAAUAGUGAAGCUUGGUUUCCAUUUGUAUGAAAUAUAAGUAGGUUUCUACUA